AUGAUCGACCGUGCUAUCUCACACUCUCUAUCUCUCUCAGCCACAGCUUCAUCUCCAUCGUUGAUUGGGUCCCUCAACAACCUCCACCUCAAAUUCCCUUCGCAUUCGUCCCAACAAGGCGACCUCACCAUCUCCAUCUAUGCACGCGAGAUCUCAUUCUUGGACGGCACGAACUCCGUUUCUGCCGGGAAACCUUUCUCCAUCAAUAGUGUACAUCGCACCGUCAACAUCAACUACAUCCACAACACCGGCGAUGCGUUCUUGGCUCCUAUCCAUGGCGGUAACGUCGGCGGGAGGAAUAAUGUAAACACCAUUCAUAUGAAGCCCCCAUGCAAAUCAUGCCUGCCAACGGAACAAUCUCGACCACAGGGUCUGCUGGCUCAGGCUCGCAGACGUCUUCAGCCUCAGCCUCAGCCUCAGCCUCGGGAAGCAAACCCGUCAACACGUGGAGUCGCUCGCUGCGCCAAGGCACGACCACAGUGGAGGCCAUAG